GAGUUGUAAAACUUCUCCUCUAAGUUGUUAAACCUCAGAGAAACCCACUGCAAUGGCUGGCAGUGGGGAUAACGCGCCACCGCCAUCCGCUGCCAACGGUGGUGAGUUUUUGCUUUCCUUGCUCCAGAAGCCACCAACAACACAGCAGCAACAAUCUCUUUUAUUCGGAACGGUCACUCCCAUACCGACUCCGCAACAGCGGCAACAGCAGCAGCAGCAGCAGCAUGUUGCUCUGGAUCCUGCCGUUGCAGCAGUCGGUCCAUCCCUUCCUUUUCCGCCUCUAUGGCAUUCAAAUGGCCGCGAUCUUCCUGCUUCCUGGUCUUACGCUCUUUCCCCUCCUCUUGCUCCCAAUUUCUUAGGGUUUCCCCAGAAUCCUUCUCCUUCUCAGGGAAACAACCAAUUCGCCAGAAAUCAGGGUGGAUUCGGUAAUGAUUCGAGGAGUUUAGGGUUUUCGGAUACUGGUGCAAAUUUUGCAAUUCAGACUCCGAUUCAGCAGAAGCCGCAAGUGCAAAAACUCAGGUUUGGUACUUUUCCUACUGAGAUUCAUAUAACUGAGACUUUGCUUAAUGGAACUCAGUCAGAGACUUCCCAGCUAAACAUAUUGACGGAGCGUGAAGCCGCCGAGCGGAGCAGGAGCUACAACAGUUUGGAGAGGAAUCGGGAAUUUGACUUGGGAAGGAAUUCCCGACCGAGCUCGAGUCACCAUGAAUCUCAAAAUCGAAAUUCUGAUCAAAGGAGAGGCGGAGAGCGGGGAAAGCAGCACCACAGUGGGAAUUACAGGCCGAUGCCAUCAGUGGAAACUCAGAGGCCUCCUCCUCCUCCUGGGUUUGGAAGCAAGCCAAGAAGAAGAGGGAAUCAUAUUGACGGUAAAUUCCGUGGUGAUGGUGAGGUUGCGCUUGGUGGACAGCUUGAUCAGGCUGGGCCUUCAACUGGUAGCAAUCUGCACUCUGUUUCAGCGUCUGAUAUGGAAGAGUCUCUUGCAGACUUGCAUAGAUAUGGGGAUAGAGAUGGGUCUUUUAGACAGGAUAAGUUUACAAGGGAGGAUGCUGGGGAAAUGGAUGAUCUUGGUGAACAGCUUGUGGAUUCUUUUUUGAUUGAGGAUGAAUCCGAUGAAAAGAAAGACAAGAAGCAACUUCGUAAGGAUUCCCGGGUAGAUAACAGGGGCCAACUACUUGUUAGCCGGAGGAUGAGAAAUUUGAAAUGGAUUAUCAAGUGUCGUGGUGACAUUGAUACACUAAAUGCACCUUUCCUUGAGAUUUAUGAGUCUUUAAUACCACCUGAGGAAGAAAAAGCAAAGCAGAAACAAUUGUUGGCAUCCCUAGAGAAACUAGUUUGCAAAGAAUGGCCUGAAGCUCGGUUAUAUCUCUAUGGAUCGUGUGCUAACUCUUUUGGAGUCUCAAAGAGCGAUAUUGAUGUUUGCCUUGCAAUCAAUGAUGCUGACUUGAACAAGUCUGAGGUCUUGUUAAAGUUGGCGGAUAUUUUGCAGUCGGAUAAUCUUCAAAAUGUGCAGGCAUUGACACGUGCCAGGGUCCCCAUAGUAAAGCUUAGGGAUCCUGUGACUGGAAUUUCUUGCGACAUUUGCAUAAACAAUGUUUUGGCUGUUGUUAAUACAAAGCUUCUCCGGGAUUAUGCUGAAAUAGAUGGGAGAUUGCGUCAGUUGGCUUUUAUUGUGAAACACUGGGCCAAGUCAAGAAGAAUUAAUGAAACUUACCAAGGAACCUUAUCUAGUUACGCGUAUGUCUUAAUGUGCAUUCAUUUCUUGCAGCAGCGAAGGCCUGCUAUCCUUCCAUGCUUGCAGGGAAUCGAGGCUACAUACUCUGUGACUGUUGAGGAUGUGGAAUGUGCUUUCUUUGAUCAAGUUGAAAACCUUCGUAAUUUUGGCUCCCAUAAUAAGGAAACUAUUGCUCACCUGGUUUGGGCAUUCUUUAGUUAUUGGGCAUAUGGCCACGAUUAUGCAAAUUCUGUCAUAUCUGUUCGAGAGGGGAGCACAAUCAGCAAGCGAAAAAAAGAUUGGACAAGGAGGGUAGGCAAUGAUCGACACUUGAUAUGCAUAGAGGAUCCCUUUGAGACGUCCCAUGACCUUGGUCGAGUUGUGGACAAGUUCAGCAUAAGAGUUUUGAGGGGGGAGUUUGAACGUGCUGCUGAAAUCAUGCAGCACGAUCCAAAUCCUUGCAUAAAGCUGUUUGAGCCCUACGUUCCUCCCCGUUGACCAGAUAUCUUAACAUGUUUCUAUCUAAGGUCGGCCUUUUUCUGGCUUGAUGAGUGCUCCCUCCCUUCUUACCAUCACUUUUGUUCUCUGAUAAAUGUUAAUAGUGUGUAUCUAGGGUGCAUCCAGAGUGAACACUUCUUUCACAUUUUACUGAAAAAUAGUAUGUAUUUUUAGGCUUUUGUUUAUGCUCCUCCACCAUGAAAGGUAUGAAAGUUUUCUUCUGCAU